UUGUAGUUUAUCAUUUUUCCUUUUUUUUUUUUAAUUUUUUUGUUCUAGGUCUUCUCUUUCUCCCUAUGAAUACCCAGCCAACUCUACCUUUCUUCCUCUCUCUCCCAUUGUUCCUCUGAUUCACCCAUUUUCUGCCCUUCGUUUUCUUCCUCUUCUCCUCUCAGAGGAGCCUCUGAGGCAGCUCAGGUGUUCCUUGUCAAGAUCUCAGGGUUUGAGGUGUGAAGAGAAAGAGAAGAGAUGAAUCAGUGUGGUUACCAACAGAAGAAGGCCUUGACAAGCUGUGAGGAGAUGAGGAUGGAUUCAGUGGUUUGCCCUAAACCUCGUAGAUUGGGUCUUUUGAACCACUCAUCUAUUAAUGACCACCUCAGACCCUUGAAGCUACCCAUUAUCAACUACCAAUCAGAGAUUGAAGAUUCUGGAGUUGAGGCUGAGCUUCUUGAUAUCAUUCUCCCCAAGGGAAGCUGCUAUCCUGAAAGAUCUGGGGGCCAAGUGGCUUCAUCACCACCAUUUUUCUGUGGAUCUCCACCAAGUAGGGCUUCAAACCCUGUGAUCCAAGAUGAGCAAUUUGGUGUUGGUAAUCUUAAUGGUGGUUUUGGUCAAUUUUCCUUGGCACCCUCUUCACCAUCUUCAUCAGCUAGAGGUUGUGUUAGAGUGAAGUUUGGUCACACACCAGCUGCAGUGAGGGUUGAAGGUUUUGAUUGCCUCCACAGGGAUAGGCGCAAUUGCAGCAUUUCUGCUGUUGCUUGAUUCAAUUUAAACAAAGAAAAAAAGAAGUCAGAGGAGAAUUUGAAAAUCACCAAAGUUCUAAGAGCAGAGGAGAUUUUUGGGACAGAGGAGCUAAUCUUAAUUUCGAUGUUGUUUGUAUUAUAUGUAUAUAAUUUGGUCCAUGGAAGUGGUUGUUCAUGAGUUAAGGUGUCAUGUAUAAUUUGAGAGAUGGUGAGAAAUUUUUAUUUUUGGGUUUAUCUUUUUGAAGAAUAAUAAUAAGAGGACACAUCAGGGAAAAAGAAAAAGGCAAACAAAUGUCUUCUUCUUACUCUCUUGUUAGGUUUACAUGGGGUCUUUAGAUUGAAACUUUCAUGUGAGUUUCAUGUGGAGUCUGUAACUUUCAUGCAUGUAUUUUGAAACUCAUAUCCUCCUUUUGUAAUUGUAAUGUGGAGGAAAUUGAGGAUUAAUCUUUGGAAUCUUGUAAAAUAUAUUUUUUGUGGGUGCCCUCGAUUUGCAGGUGGCUCCUAUUUGAUAAUAUCAAAGAAAUAUUGUUCAUACU